GCCGUUUCCGUGCAUCCGCGUACAGUUACUGAGUGUGGAUGAGGGACGCGAUGCAGAUGAUUAUUCAUCUAGGCCGUGGUGAGGAGGACAGACUUCAGUGCAGGCUUUCAAGCGACCUCGCGCCAUACGUGGCUGGCCUUUGAGGAAAGUUGCCAUACCGAUGAAACUUCAGAAAAGCCUGUCAAUCAGGUCAGGUUUGCUUCGAAGGCAUUGGAGUUCUCGGUUGUGUUAGCGUUUGGGACGGGUUAUCAAUGGCGUCACACUCCGAUGUUGUCCAGCAGCAUUGCUGCAAAUCGAACCAUUGUCAACACUAAUUCCAAUGCGGGCGCUCUCUGUUACACUUCGCAGACUUGUAGCCGCUCCUUCCAGACCUCAUCGGACUCGUAGUCUUUCAAGACCUCUCUCGUACACUCAAGCCAAGAUGGGAAAAGACAGCAGCAUGCCGAAAGAGCCGCCAAAGCACCAAAUGUACUACUUCCCCAAGCUCACAUCUGAAGUGAGAUCGUUCGGCCAGUUCAGGAAGGUCAUACAUACUGGUCUCUACAGCCAGUUGGUGUCCAUGGAGAUCCCCGUCGGCGGCGACAUCGGUGACGAGGUCCAUACGGUAGAUCAGGUCCUUAUCUUUACCAGUGGUGAAGGCAGAGCGACCGUGGCUGGCAAAGACCAAGAUAUCAAAGCUUCAGAUGUAGUGGUGGUGCCAGCCGGCACGCAACAUCAGUUCAUCAACACAUCGAAAACACAGCCGCUAGAGCUGGUUACUGUGUACAGCCCAGCUGAGCACGACCCGCAAACAGUCCAUCAGACCAAGGAAGAGGGCGACGAAGAGGAGGACAAUGGCAAGGAUGAGGCGCCUGAGUGGAGUAGGCAACCUAAGAAGCAGAAUGAGGAGCAAGGGCUCGUGAAGUUGGAGGGAGGACCAUAUGCCAAUGGAGACGAUGGUCGGCACGAGAAGUCAUAGAGAUUGUCAAGCUCGAGAUCUGGGAGCAAAUGCUUCGUAACUUCAGUGCACAGUCUCACAUUCGAGCCUCACCAUCCCAGCCAGCCCUGUUCCGUUGGCCUUCCAGGGAAGCCAAGGCUGAUCCACGUGCGAGGCGCCACUCAUUGGGCAGAAGCAAUUAACAAUGCCGAACGAUAUUGUACAGAUCCUUGCUGCUCACUACAACCCAGCCGCACUCUACAAGUAGUAGAGCGUGUUCUGCAG